AUGUCGGAAAACUCGCUAAAAAUAACGCGAAAUGACAACACACGGAAGGCUCGCCCUACCAUCCAGCUUUACUGUCCCAGAAUGCUGAGAACCGUUGCAGCUGGCAAAAAGGCUGAUGCUAGAGAAAAGAAUAUAAAUAUUCAACAGCCGAUGAAGUCAGCGAAUACUGUGAAAGGUUCCAAAAAUGACAAAGAAAAUGAUAAAAAAAAGGAAAACUGGAAAGACCAAACACAUGAUCACGAAUUUAUUAGCGAUAUGUUAUGGAAAGAGUGUGAUGACGAUGAACGUCACUAUAUUCUUAAGAGAAAUGAUUAUGCUAAUUUGAAUCUUCAUGUUGGCAGUCGACAGCGCAAUAGUAAAGGUUCAUCAAAUAAUGGUACAUACAAAAUAGAAGCGAAUUCCAGCGAAUCAUUACGGAAAAGCAACAGCAGCAUUAACAAAUCAUGCGAUCAUCUUGAGAAUCCAGGUUCUCCAAAAAGAAGACCUGGUAGACGAAUGUAUUCCAGUUCUAACAGUUGCUAUAGUUCUCAAUCACUUUCCGAAAGUUGCUCUACAGACAGUGAUGUACAUCAUCAUAGCGGCCCUGUUAAUUCACGCUUUGGUACCAAAAUAUCUUCAUGGAAUCAAAAAGAAGCAUUCAAUUUAAAUAAGACUUCUCCAGGUAACAAAAGUAGUAGCUAUCGGAAGGAACGGUAUCCGCUAUCAGCGACAUAUCGUUCUCAUCAGCAGCAUUACCAUUCGCAGCAAGGCAGUAGUUACUGUAGUGGAGAUAUAAAGUAUAACUCAAACAAAUCUCGUACUCUACCAUCGCGCCAUGGUUUUGAUGAAGGGUCUCUGUGCGCUGAUGACAACGGUCCAAGUCUAACAAGCUUUGAGCAUCAUAGUCCACUGAAUCGUCGACGAAAUUGGUCUUUCAGAAGCAAUCAUUCAGAAAAUUUCGAUCAUCGCCGCCAUCGAAACAACAGAAGUAAUCGUGUCGACCGAGCUAAUAAUAUAUCACAAGAUAAUAAUCAGGAUUUAUGUGCCAGUCUUGAUUCAAUCGACUUGGUUUCAUUUGACUGGAGUUCAGAGGUAGAAGCUGAAGAACGGCGGAAGAAGGAACGGGAGGAGCGAGAACGCAUGAUUGAGGAACAGAGUUUGCAAACAGGUUCCUCCAGUUCUCAGAGUAAAAAAUCUCAAUGUGAUCUCGAAUCUCUUUCUAAAUUCCGAAAUCAUUCAAGAGGUAUCAAUGGUAGUAGUAGUUUUGGUCGCUUAUACUCUAGCCAUGUUAAGGAGCCGUCAAUCGGACGUGGACAUCGCUUUACCAAUAAUCUACCAAGACAACGAAAUGAUAGCUUUACAAGUCAAACAUCAAGUAUUGCCGAAAGUAUCAAAGAACAAAGUGACGUGGAAAGUGGCAGUGGUGAAAGAACACCAACCAAUGAUGACCGAGAGGCGACAUCAAGUUUUUCCGAGCAAAAAAAUGGCAGAAAAGGAAGAUGUUAUCUGGAUGAGGAAUUCCCAUUUAUUACCCGAGUUCGCAGAUCAGGUGGUCCUACUAUGAAUUACACGUAUCAGGGUGGACAUGAAAUUAGAGGACGAAAUAAACGCGGAAAUCGAUGGAGAAUGAGGAAGCAGCAUAAUCCAGAAAGAGAAGUAGCUGUGAGUGGCUGCAAUUUUGCAACUUCACAGUAUACUCACAGCAGUACGCUCAUUGGUAACAGAGAUAACAAUUUGAGUUCCUCUGCAUCUGAUAUCCGGAAAGCAACCUCGCCUACAACAAUGAAGGAUAUGAGUAGAUCGAAAACCGUUGCAUUGAGAAAUCCUGGAGAGGAAGAAAAACGUUCUGAUGCACCAUCAUCAUCUAAUGGGUCAGCAACGCUUUUGACGGAUGCUUCAAGUGAAUCAUCAUUGAAAAAGAAUAAUAGAUUUAGAAGAGAGCUACCACCUACUGAAUGGCCAAUCCAUUUGGAAAUUUCAUGCAAAGAAGGUCCACAAAUUCAGGCUUUAAAUGAUACAAUCAAUCAGUUAGUCGACCGAAUAACAGAGUCUGCAGAUUCAAGUGCAAGCGAAGAAAUUCUAAUAGCUAGUGAAUCAUUGUCAAAACUUUAUUUGUCAAUCGUGACAAGAAAUAUUAAUUAUACCUAUACGAUGAAUCUGGAGCAACAUUUAUGGAAACAGUGUUUUUACACGUCAAUAGAAGCCCUGCGCACUGCUAGUAGUUCAACGGGAAAUUCGUCGCGCAUUUUUCGCAUAGGUUUAUCGAAGCUUAUCCAGCAGGGUCUUGCCUUUUAUGCACUAUUGUUGAAUAAAUAUGAAGUAGCAUUUGGUUUUAUUAUCGACGACUAUUUAUAUUGGCCCUCAAAUCUACCAUCAGAUGAUUUUGUUGGAUGUAUACUAACUAGUUCUAGGGCUCAUGAAGCAACAGAUCAUGCCAUUAAGGUAGCACUGUUAUCCGCCCAGAGAUUAGCAGUUUCGGUUGGUGAUUUGCACCGAUACAGUAGCAUAGUUUCGGGUAUUAAGGAUUAUUCUCAUGCAAGAUUGUGGUACCAGAAAGCAGCGCAGUUGGCUGCAGGAAAUGGGCGUUCUUACAAUCAGUUGGCUCUCCUUGCUGUUUAUGAGUCAAAAUGGAUCGAUGUAAUAUUCUACUACGUUCGAGCAUUGGCAGCACGCUAUCCGUUUGAGACCGCACGACAACCACUUUUCACAGCUUUCAAUCACGUUCAGAAGAAGGUGAGUGAGUUUGAAAUAGAGCUCAAUGCACGCGUUGGUGAUAGUGUAUCACGGGAGGCCGAAGCAGCUGCCGCUCGAGCUGAUAGACCACGGGAAAUCUGGAUUGCACAUGAUGGAAAACUUUCCUCUGGUGAUUAUGCAAAUAUUGCGGAUCAUCGGGCUAUAUAUGCAUUAAGAUCAGUUUCCACUGUUGAGUUAUUCCGCCGUGCAGUGCCAUAUUUGCUUCAUACAGCUGGACUUCUUAUUACUAAAAUUGGAAUGGAGGAGUAUGACAGUAUCAGCGAACGAGCAUUAUUCCAACUAUCACAGUUAAUAUCACGUGACGAGUGUCCACUUUCGUCUUUACAUCUCAUACAGCUGUGCACUCUUUUUUUAUAUGCAGUUCACAGUUUAACUUUAAAAAAUAGUGAACCAGGCACUUGUUCUUUACAACAACAACAAGCAGUGCAGAUGGUCCUUAGUUUGUUUGGAGUAAUCUUAAAGCCAGUACAUGACCAGCUACCAGAUUUGUCGGAGGUUCUGAACGGUUCUGUUCGACUGUCACCAAAGAUGCGUCGAGUGCUGCCGGCUGUUUUCGUUAUUUCUGAAUGGUUGUCGAUGCCGUCCGUAAAUCGACUGUACAGAAGUAUGCCAUCAUUGGAAUCCAUUGAAACUUCACUUAUGCAAGUUGAUACUUGGAAAUUACUCGCCGAUGUUGCGAAUACUUUAGUGAACGCUGAAUCUAAAGGAAUUUUGUCGAGGACUAUUGCACAGUCUGAUGGAAAAUCGGGAGAAUGUGUAGAAAUUAUGCUUCCUGAAGCGAUUUUUUUGGCAUCCUUCAUUGAUGUGUUUACAGUAUUGCCGAAAUCAUUACAAAUGUCAUCCUUAGCAAAUAUCGACCUUCGCAAUAAUACAACUCUUCUAGCUCUCCAUGCUCGUUUAUCGUCCCUUUUGUCUACAGCGGAAUAUUUGGAUGGUUCAGAAUUGCCGUGUUUUGGAUUCGAUGAACAUUUGCGUUGCUUUGCUGCAGCCCGUUGCGCAUCACCAGUUACCGUUCAAAAUAUGGAAAUGAGAGAAUGCAGUGCUGAUUUUGAUCAGCAGUUGGAUAAUUCAGAACUUAAACAUGAAGUAAUGGAACAAGAUUUAAGUCAUUUCUCAGAGGAAUAUAAACAUUAUAGGCAAACAGUUCGCGAAAAUGAAGUGAAACAGAAGCUCUUGGAACGUGAAACGAAGGGAAAUCGAAUAAUUAUUGAAGUGCGUCCAAACUAUUUGGUACCAGAUACAAACACGUUUAUCGAUCACUUGAUGUCUAUUAAAAAAAUUGUUGAAAGUCAUCGAUUCACUGUACUUGUACCAACAACUGUUUUCUCGGAAUUAGAAAGCCUUUCACGCCUAUCAUCGCCAAAACCUACUGUUGGAGGGCGAGAAGAUUUUCAAGAUCAUUGGGUUGGUGAACGAGCGAAAGAGGCAGUCGCCUAUCUAAAAGAUUUGAUUGGCAAACAAGUACCUCAAAUCUACACAAUUACCAGCAAGGGAAAUCUAUUAACGUCGCUUAUGUUUGCUACGGAAGAAACUUCCGGUUCAGGAGAACUGAAGGCAGUUAAUGAUGAUUUUAUUCUGUCAAGUUGUGUGAAUUUUGCAAAAACUCGAUCUAAGCCUUCAAACGCCGUGACAACAGCACAGUCAGUGUCUGUAUCUAUGAUGGACAUGGAACAGCCAACAAGACUUUAUCGAAGUGUUGUUUUACUAACUGAAGAUCGUGCACUGAAUAUCAAAGCUGUAUGCGAAAAUAUACCGUGCAGGACAGUACCGAGUUUCAUGAAAUGGGCAGCUCUUAAAUAG